AUGCGGCUGUCAUCGCUUUUGCCCUUCCUGGGCAUGGCGGUGGUCACCGUCGCUGCCGACGAUGCGAAGCCUGAAGCAAAGGCUGGAGCAAAGGCUGAAGCAAAAUCUGACGAUGUCGAGAAGCCGACGAUUUUCGACGGUAUUAAAGUGCCACCGCUGAUCAACCUGACACCCAAGAACUUCGAAGAACAGCUCAAUUCGACGAAGUAUCUUUACGUAAAGCAUUAUAGUCCAUACUGCCACCACUGCAAGAAGUUUGCCCCAGCCUUCCAAACGACAUACGAGUACUACUAUACCGAAAAGGUUGAAGGGAGAACGACAACCUCGGCUGAGCACUACGGCAUCAAAUUUGGACAGAUCAACUGCGUUGCUUUCUUCGAUUUGUGCUUCAAAAACGGCAUCCAGUCUUACCCGACGACUAUUCUCUACGGGGACCGCAAGAAGAUAGUCGACAUCAAGGGCGUAAAGAACGGCACCAUCCUCAGUCACCAUCUUGAAGGCGCCCUGGACCGCGACUUCCCUGGCGAGCGGCCGGCGAUUCUGUACCUGCCCGGCGAGGGCGACUCAGUCCACCCCCGCGGAAAAGAAGACGCCGGCGAGAUUCUUGACAAAGCUGCAAUCGCUGCGGCUGACAAAGCCAAGGCUGAGAAGGCCAAAGCGAACAAGGAGAAGGCCAAGGCUGCCGCCGAAGACAAAGAAGUGAAGAAAACAGACCCCACGGCCACUGAGGAGAAACCCAAGGAGGCGUCUGCUGCUCCGGCGAUUGUUGUUCCAACUCCUGAGGAUGUCUCUGAGAAGACCCUCAAAGCUAAAGAUAUCGGCGGUAUUCCAGCGGACAAAAAGAGUAGCAAGGGGUCCGGCGACCCCAAGAAGAAAACUACACCUCCUGUUCCGCUGUACCGUGGACCGCCGAAGCCAACGACUCCCCAGAACCCCAACGGCGCCUCCGUCCCACUGACAGCUGAGACUUUCCAAACGCUCGUGACGAUGACUCAGGACACCUGGUUUAUCAAGUUCUACGCCCCUUGGUGCCAUCACUGCAAGGCCAUGGCCGCGAACUGGGAGCAGCUGGCUAAGGAAAUGCAGGGCAAGCUCAACAUUGGUGAGGUGAACUGCGAAAAGGAGUCCCGCCUCUGUAAGGACGUGCGCGUCCAUGCUUACCCGACGAUUGUUUUGUUCCGCGGCGGCGAGCGUGUCGACUACGAAGGUCUGAGAGGCCUGGGCGACUUUGUGUCGUACGCUAACAAGGCACUGGAUGCGGUUGCGGGCGUGCAAGAUGUGAAUGCUGCCAGCUUUGAGGCGCUGGAGGCCAAGGAGGAGGUCGUGUUCGUUUAUUUCUACGACUUUGCCACCACCAGUGAGGACUUUAUGGCGCUUGAACGUCUGCCUCUCAGCCUGAUAGGCCACGCUAAGCUGGUCAAGACGAACGACCCGGCGCUGUACGACCGGUUCAAGAUCACGACUUGGCCGCGCCUGCUUGUCUCCCGCGAGGGUCGGCCAACCUAUUAUCCACCACUGACGCCGCACGAGAUGCGUGAUACGCGUCGUGUUCUUGAUUGGAUGAAAUCUGUGUGGCUGCCUAUUGUGCCAGAGCUGACCGCAUCGAAUGCUCGCGAGAUCAUGGAUGGCAAGUUGGUGGUGCUGGGCAUUCUGAAGCGCGAGGACAAGGAGGCAUUUGCAAUUGCAACGCGCGAGAUGAAGAGUGCUGCCAGCGAGUGGAUGGACAAGCAGAUUCAACUUUUCCAACUUGAGCGUCAAGAGUUGCGUGAUGCGAAGCAGCUGCGCAUCGAAGAGGCCGAGGAUCGCAACGACCAGCGUGCCCUGCGCGCGGCUAAGAGCAUCCGCGUCAAUAUGGACCGCGCCGACAAGAAGGAGGUGACGUUCGCAUGGGUUGACGGCGCGUUCUGGCAGCGAUGGGUGCGUACGACGUACGGUAUCGACAUUAAGGAGGGCGAGCGCGUCAUUAUCAAUGACGAAGAUAACCGCCGGUACUGGGACAUCACAUCGACUGGCAACCCCAUUUUGCCAUCACGCACGUCCAUCCUCGAGACGCUCAACAAGAUCACCCAGUCACCGCCUAAGAUCAAGCCCAAGCUGACCAUCUCGGCCAUUGAGAAGCUGUUCUUCGACAUUCGCAUGACCUUUUCUGAACACCCGUACUUGUCUAUUGGCUGUGUUCUGGGUAUAUCUCUGGGUGUUGCAUCGUGGCUACGUGGGCGGAUUCGGCGCAACGGUGGUAGUCUGGGCCACUUCCGCUUGGAUGAGGUCAAGGAUUACAAGUUACCCAUGCUGAGCUCAGGCGUCAAUCCUGCCGGUAAGAAUGAUUAA